AUGCUGAUCGAGGAACUCGAGAGCCUGCGGGACAGCAUCCGCUCACUGAAACUGGACAUGUUGCGAGCUACCAUACGUGGAGAAUCAGUCCCUGAGGUCUUCCCCCAUGAACUGACAUACAAGUGUCUCGUAUCCGGAAUUCGACAUCAUGAUGGCUUUGCUGAUGAAAUCAGAGGCAAAUCGGGACAUCAUUCCAUCGAAAGAGCUUUUAACGCUAGGAAUAUCAUGAGUGGCCGAGUUCCUGUGAUGGAGAAGCCAGAAGACAUCCCGUAUUGCUUCUGGAACCCUGAUGUUCCCGGUCAAGACAUUCUGCGGCGACUCUUGGAGGACCAUCCUACAGUUUUGAUGCGUUACCAAGUUGGCCGUGCUUGUGCGGUUGGAGGUCAUGUGGAGCUCUACAAGGAGCUCGAUAUUCUUCCUGAUGUCUCCAUCGCGGAAGAGGCUCGGGACAAUUUACCUGUCUCGCAGGAAAUUUACGAACUAGUGAUGGAUGCACCGAUCCUCUACCAGGUCAUGGACGAUUACAAUCUCUGUCUGUUCGACAAGCCUCAGGUCGGAGCCUGCCUCAACGGAGGCACCUGCGUGCGGUCGACGCUGGAUGAGAGACAACCAAUUCACUACGAAAUAUUCCCUCCGCCAUUUGAUAUCACCGAAGACUGGUGUCUCGGAGCUAGUGGAAAGCGUUUGGAAGAAAGACCCAUCCCAACCAACACCCUUAGUCUCCUCUACACCCCAUUGCCACGGCAUUUACCCACCGUUGACAAGGAUAUACUCAUUCUCAUGGCUGCUUAUACUGGAAAUAUCGACCGCUACGCCCGACUACGAAGGCCUCGCACUAUUAAUGGUGAGAUGCAGUGCAUAGUCCGUGGUAUCUACCACAACACCUUCUUUGCCAGGUGGUGCUAUAACCAGCCACACCUAGCUGUGCUCCGAAAGUUUGUCCAUGCACGAUUCAUUAUGAACGACGACCUCACCUGGUUCAACCAUAACCAGCCAAUUUCAAAGGACGACCUGCCGCGCGUCAUCUGGUACCCCCAGCACGUAGAUCCAACAACCUACAUAGAGCUAUUGCGCCUCUUGCCUGAAUUAAAGCAAAUGGUCGCUCAAGCACUUGUUGUAUGCAACGAACCAAAUGACUUCUUAUGUCUUGAGUCAGAACUCACGCCUGAGAUAUACGGAGAGAUCACAAACGGGGUUCGCUCACCACUGUUGCGUGAGUUCAUCGAUCAGCGGGUGACGUAUGAAGAGGAGGAGAAGCUAGCAGACUGGACAGAACUUUUACAUGAUUGCCAUGAUAUAGCGCCUUACGAUCACUUAGUGUCAAAGGAAAUGAAGCCUCAUUUCACACGUGCUCUUGAAGAGCUCACUCUUGACGACGUUGGUUUCGAGAACAGAAGAGCCUACCCGCCGGAUGUGAAGGACGCUAGGGACUUGAUGCGGUACAUUUCAGCGUUUCCCCAUAAACCUAGGGAUCAUUAUCGAGAGGAGCAGGAAAGGGAUAUAUGA